AGCAAAGUCACGAGGAGGCUUUUUAUGACUCCUACUCCACAGGCAGAAGGGACGCUGCUCUGUGUACCUGGCGGAAAACAGCUCUUUGGUUGGUGGGGGUGCAGAGGAAAUAGGGGCGAGGCUGGCAGAACUGCAGCAGAUUAUCAAUCCAGGUGCAUGUGAAUCUUCAAUCAAAGUGAUUGGGCCACGUGGAGUGAGAGCUGGGAACCGGUCUGUUUUUGAGUAGCUUCGGGGCACGGAGGCAGUGAGAAGGUUUGGCCUUUGAGCUGAAUUUCAGAGAAACCCUGAAGGAGGAUGUUGAGCAGGCAAAAAUCAAAAACCAACUUGGGACUUGCUUGCCCUCACCCUUCCAGUGCACAGAGGAGAGAUCUCUGAAGUUGUGCCCAAGAAUUUGGUGGCUGACCUGAUCCGCUGAAUUUGCCCCAGAAUAACAGGACUCUCGCAUGAUGCCGAUGGGAAGCGCUUAAGGGGUCCGGCGAGAGAUGUCUGUGAAUGGCCCAGGUCUCCCAGUCUUAAAGAAAGUCAGAUGGCAGUACGACUCUGAAGACCUUCACUUUGAUCAGGAAUCUCAUGCCAUAUCAUCGCUACCUCACUCUGACGGUCUCCAGAGAGGCUGUUGAACAGGAUGUCCGCAGAAGACCGCCACCUCACUUCCAGCUGCGGCUCCUUUAUCAAGACCGAGCCGUCCAGCCCCUCCUCCGGCAUCGAUGCCAUCAGCCACCACAGCCCCAGCGGCUCCUCUGACGCCAGUGGGGGCUACGGCCUGGCCAUGGGUGCCCACCCAAACGGCCUGGACUCUCCUCCUCUGUUUGCGGGCGUCGGCCCCUGUCGCAAGCGCUAUGACGACUGUGCUGGCGCCAUCACAGAUGACUCGCCCACCAAGUGCGAGUACAUGCUCAAUGCCAUUCCCAAGAGGCUGUGCCUGGUGUGUGGGGACAUCGCCUCCGGGUACCACUAUGGAGUGGCAUCUUGCGAGGCCUGCAAAGCCUUUUUCAAGAGGACAAUUCAAGGGAACAUUGAAUAUAGCUGCCCAGCUACGAACGAGUGCGAGAUCACAAAACGGAGACGCAAGUCCUGCCAGGCAUGCCGCUUCAUGAAAUGUCUCAAAGUGGGGAUGCUGAAGGAAGGAGUGCGCCUGGAUCGGGUGCGUGGAGGCCGCCAGAAAUAUAAGAGAAGGCUGGACUCAGAAAGCAGCACUUACCUGACCUUACAGAUCCCUCCUCCAGCCAAAAAGCCACUGACGAAGAUAGUCUCCCACCUGCUGGUGGCAGAGCCAGAGAAGAUCUACGCCAUGCCCGACCCCACCAUGCCUGAGAGCGAUAUCAAAGCCCUGACUACUCUCUGUGACCUGGCUGACCGAGAGCUUGUGGUCAUCAUUGGCUGGGCCAAGCACAUCCCAGGGUUCUCAAAUCUCUCCCUGGGAGACCAGAUGAGCCUGCUGCAGAGCGCCUGGAUGGAGAUCCUUAUCCUGGGCAUCGUGUACCGCUCUCUGCCCUACGAGGACAAGCUGGUGUACGCCGAGGACUACAUCAUGGACGAGGACCACUCUCGCCUCACCGGGCUGCUGGACCUCUACCUGGCUAUCCUGCAGCUGGUGCGCCGGUACAAGAAGCUCAAGGUGGAGAAGGAGGAGUUUGUGACCCUCAAGGCCCUGGCCCUUGCCAACUCAGACUCCAUGCACAUAGAAGACAUGGAGGCCGUGCAGAAACUCCAGGACCUUCUGCACGAGGCCCUCCAGGACUACGAGCUGAGUCAGCGCCACGAGGAACCACGGCGGGCAGGCAAGCUGCUGCUCACCCUGCCCCUGCUGAGGCAGACGGCCGCCAAGGCCGUGCAGCAUUUCUACAGCCUCAAGCUGCAGGGCAAGGUGCCCAUGCACAAACUCUUCCUAGAAAUGCUUGAGGCCAAAGCCUGACAGCCCCGGCCAUUCCGGUCUGGCCCCGAGGAGACACAGACUCUUAUUCAGAGAAAUCGCGAGAGCUGCUGGCUUUUACCCUCCCGUCAUUUAUUACGGCUCAGAGCAAAAUCGGAAGUUAUUUAACAUUU